AUGGUAGCUCAGCCGCCACCCGGAUUUGUUGGUGUGCCAAGUGGUGCCAUGCCGGAUGGUAUUCUCCCUAAUAAUGAACCUUCACUUAUGAGCCAACCUGAGUUGGCUGCGAAAGCGCGAAAAUGGAAACAGAUGCAAGGUCGAAAGUAUGGUGAUCGUCGCGGCAAAACAGCGCUUGUAGACACAGGAAAGCAAGAGCUUCCACCUGAGCAUGUUCGUAAGAUUGUGAAAGAUCACGGCGACAUGAGCAACCGAAAGUACCGCGCGGAGAAACGCGUGCACCUUGGAGCGCUUAAAUAUGUACCGCAUGCUAUGAUGAAGCUGUUGGAAAAUAUCCCUAUGCCGUGGGAACAAGUUCGUGAAGUGCCUGUCUUGUACCACGUCACUGGUGCUAUUACGUUUGUCAACGAAGUGCCGAGAGUGAUUGAACCGAUUUAUCAUGCACAGUGGGCCACUAUGUGGCUAGCUAUGCGAAGGGAAAAGCGUGACAGGCGUCACUUCAAGCGUAUGAGGUUUCCUCCAUUCGAUGACGAAGAGCCGCCCAUUGAUUAUGGCGAUAAUAUUCUAGAUGUCGCACCUCUUGAAGCCAUCCAGCUCGAACUUGACGAAGAAGAAGAUGCACCUAUCAUUGAUUGGUUUUAUGAUCACAAACCUCUAGUGAAAGAUGCUCGGUACGUUAAUGGUCCGUCCUACCGGUUUUGGACGCUUGAUCUGCCAAAAAUGGCUGCCCUUUACCGACUUGGUCGAACCUUGCAAAGCGAUUUUACCAAGGGAGACAAGAAUUAUUUUUACUUGUUUGAUCUCAAGUCUUUUUAUACAGCCAAGUCGCUCAAUGUGGCCAUUCCUGGUGGUCCUAAGUUUGAACCCUUGUACAAAGACAUGGAUGAUUAUGAUGACGAUUGGAAUGAGUUCAACGAUAUCCGGAAGGUUAUAAUUCGCCAUCCUAUUCGCACUGAAUACAAAGUGGCAUUCCCGCAUUUAUACAACAGUCGUCCGCGAUCUGUAUAUCUUGGUAUAUACCAUGAACCAAAGAAUGUAUAUGUGCGAACCGAUGAUCCUGACCUCCCGGCUUUCUAUUUUGACCCAGCUCUCAACCCCAUAUCACGUCGUUCAUUAGGAUCUGCCAAACAUUUCCGGUCGCAUUUCAAUGACGGCGAGCCAGUGCUGUCCCAUGAAGAUACUGUGUUUGGUGAAGGCAUCCAAGGAGAUGAUGAACUUCCUGAUGAACUAGCUUUUUCUUUACCUGAGGGCAUCGAACCAUUUCUUGAGAACGUACCACUGGAGAAUGAUCUCACCUCUGAUGCCGUCGCUUUGUGGUGGGCAGCGCCUCCCUACAACCGACGUAGUGGCAUGACGCGUCGCGCUGUUGAUGUCCCUCUUAUCAAAGCCUGGUAUUUGGAACAUUGUCCUCCAGGGCAACCUGUGAAAGUUCGCGUGAGUUACCAGAAACUGCUGAAAAAGUAUGUACACAACACGCUUCAUGCACGACCGUACAAGGCGCAGUCAAAGAAGUACCUGUUUCGCCAGCUCAAAGCAACAAAAUUUUUCCAGACGACGCAUUUGGAUUGGCUGGAAGCUGGACUGCAAGUUGUCCGUCAAAGCUUCAACAUGUUAAAUUUGCUAAUCCACCGCAAGGCGUUGACAUAUUUGCAUUUGGAUUAUAACAUGAACCUGAAGCCUGUCAAGACACUUACCACGAAAGAGCGAAAAAAGUCUCGCUUUGGUAAUGCGUUCCAUUUGGUCCGAGAAUUGGCUCGUAUGACGAAGUUGAUUGUUGAUGCACAUGUUCAAUUUCGACUGGGCAAUUGUGAUGCAUAUCAGCUGGCAGAUGGGUUGCAGUAUUUGUUGAAUCACGUUGGUCAACUGACGGGAGUUUAUCGAUACAAGUACAAAGUAAUGCAUCAAAUUCGUGCCUGCAAAGAUCUCAAACACGUUAUCUAUUAUCGUUUCAAUUCUGGCCCUGUCGGAAAGGGACCGGGUGUUGGGUUUUGGGGACCCUCUUGGCGUGUUUGGAUUUUUUUCAUGCGUGGCGUCACUCCUUUGCUGGAGCGAUGGCUGGGCAACUUACUUGCCCGUCAGUUCGAAGGUCGCAAUGGCCGCACUGGUGGUAAGUCAGUGACGAAACAGCGUGUGGAAUCGCACUUUGAUCUUGAGCUUCGUGCAGCUGUAAUGCACGAUCUUCUCGACAUGAUGCCUGAAGGCAUCAAGCAGAACAAGAGUAAAACGAUUCUUCAACAUCUUACGGAAGCUUGGCGUUGCUGGAAAGCAAAUGUACCGUGGAAAGUUCCUGGCAUGCCGACUGCAAUUGAGAAUGUGAUUUUACGGUAUGUCAAGUCGAAAGCCGAUUGGUGGACUUCAGUUGCGCAUUAUAACCGCGAGCGUAUUCGCCGUGGUGCAACGGUGGACAAGACUGUGAGCCGUAAGAACUUGGGCCGUCUGACGCGUCUUUAUUUGAAAGCCGAGCAGGAGCGUCAGAAUGCAUAUUUAAAGGAUGGUCCAUAUAUUACGUCUGAAUCAGCCGUGGCGAUCUACACGUCGACAGUCCAUUGGCUUGAGAGUCGACGAUUCCAGCCCAUUCCAUUUCCUUCACUGAAUUUCAAGCACGAUACGAAGUUGCUCGUGCUUGCUCUUGAAAAGCUUAAAGAAGCGUACAGUGUUCAAGGCCGUCUUAACCAAACCCAACGCGAGGAGUUGGCUCUCAUUGAACAAGCGUUUGAUAACCCGCACGAGACAUUGGCACGCAUUAAAAGAUUGAUGCUAACACAGCGAGCAUUUAAGGAAGUCGGUCUCGAGUUCUUCGAUACGUUUGCAAAACUGGUCCCUACAUAUGACAUUGAGCCAAUCGAGAAAAUCACCGAUGCAUACCUUGACCAAUACUUGGCUUAUGAGGCUGAUAAGCGUGCCCUGUUUCCUGCUUGGAUCAAGCCGAGUGACCAGGAACCCCCACCGUUGUUGGUGUACAAGUGGUCAAACGGUAUUAACAACUUGCAGGACGUCUGGGACACGUCUCAUGGUGAAUGCAAUGUCUUGAUGGAAACAACAUUGUCGAAGGUGUUUGACAAAGUUGAUAUAACGCUGCUGAAUCGUCUUUUGCGUUUAAUCAUGGACCACAAUUUGGCUGAUUAUAUCACUGCCAAGAAUAAUGUGUCUAUUGUGUGGAAGGAUAUGACCCAUGUGAAUUCAUAUGGUUUAAUCCGAGGCUUGCAGUUCUCUGGUUUUGUGUUCCAAUACUACGGCCUUAUUCUUGACCUUCUGAUCCUGGGUCUUCGUCGAGCUAGUGACUUAGCGGGCUCGCCAAAGAUGCCGAAUGGGUUCCUCCAAUUCGAGGACAAAAGCACAGAAACCCGUCAUCCUGUGCGUAUGUACAUGCGCUAUGUUGAUCGCGUGCACAUUCUAUAUCGGUUUACGGCUGAUGAAUCUCGUGACUUGAUCCAGCGAUAUCUCAGUGCGAACCCUGAUCCCAAUAACAACAACCUGAUCGGUUAUAAUAACAAGAAGUGUUGGCCUCGUGACUGCCGUAUGCGACUGAAUAAGCACGAUGUCAACCUUGGCCGUGCCGUAUUUUGGACAGUCAAGAACUCAUUGCCUCGAAGUCUGACGACGAUCGAAUGGGACGACACAUUCGUGAGUGUGUACAGCAAAGACAACCCGAACUUAUUGUUCUCGAUGCAGGGUUUCGAGGUUCGAAUCCUGCCGAAGAUUCGACAAGGAGAUUUGGGUGAGCAACGCGAUGGUGUAUGGUCUUUAGUGAAUGCCGAUACUGGUGAACGCAGUGCACAGGCGUACUUGCGAGUGUCAGACGAGUCUAUUGCAAGUUUCCACAACCGUGUUCGACAAAUUCUUAUGGCAGCCGGAUCCGCACCAUUUGCCAAGAUUGUGAACAAGUGGAACACCACUCUGAUUGGGCUUAUGACGUAUUAUCGCGAAGCAGUGAUUCAUACUAAUGAGUUACUGGACCUACUUGUCAAGUGUGAAAAUAAAGUUCAGACGCGUGUCAAGAUUGGUCUGAACAGUAAGAUGCCAUCAAGAUUCCCGCCUGUUGUGUUUUACAGUCCGAAGGAGUUGGGUGGACUUGGUAUGCUCUCGAUGGGUCACGUCCUGAUUCCGCAGUCUGAUUUGCGCUGGUCUAAGCAAACAGAGACCGGUAUCUCGCACUUCCGCUCGGGUAUGAGUCAUGAUGAAGACCAACUCAUUCCUAAUUUGUAUCGAUACAUUCAAAGCUGGGAGUCAGAAUUCCAGGACAGCUCUCGUGUUUGGUCAGAAUAUGCGCACAAACGAAAGGAAGCCAAUGCUCAGAAUCGACGCCUUACGUUGGAAGAUUUAGAAGAUUCGUGGGAUCGAGGUAUACCACGUAUUAAUACGCUUUUCCAAAAGGACCGUACAAUUUUGUCAUAUGCACAAGAUUACCAACUACUUAAGUACAAUCCUUUCUGGUGGACGUCUCAAAGACACGAUGGAAAGCUGUGGCAACUUAACCAGUACCGAACAGACAUUAUUGCAGCCUUGGGCGGUGUCGAAGGGUGUCUGGAACACACUUUGUUUAAGGGCUGUAAUUUCCCGACAUGGGAAGGUCUUUUCUGGGAGAAGGCGUCUGGCUUCGAAGAUCAAAUGAAACACAAAAAGCUUACGAACGCUCAGCGCUCAGGUCUCUCGCAAAUUCCUAACCGUCGCUUCACUCUUUGGUGGAGUCCGACAAUUAAUCGUGCAAACGUGUAUGUCGGUUUCCAAGUGCAGCUCGAUCUUACGGGCAUUUUCAUGCAUGGAAAGAUCCCGACGCUCAAGAUAUCUUUGAUUCAAUUGUUCCGUGCACACUUGUGGCAAAAGAUUCAUGAGAGUGUUGUUAUGGACCUUUGUCAGGUGUUCGAUCAGGAAUUAGAGGCUCUUCAAAUCGAAACGGUGCAAAAAGAAACGAUUCAUCCUCGGAAGUCGUAUCGUAUGAAUGCAUCUUGUGCGGAUAUCGUCUUGUUUGCAAGCUACAAGUGGCCUAUGUCGAAUCCAUCGCUGCUAACCGACUCGCGUGAUGUCAUGAGCGGGGCUAGUGGAUCAAAAUGGUGGAUUGAUGUGCAGUUGCGCUGGGGAGACUUCGACUCGCAUGAUAUCGAGCGAUACUGCCGUGCCAAAUACCUGGACUACACCACGGACAAUACGUCCAUUUACCCGUCACCAAGCGGCGUUCUAAUUGGAAUCGACUUGGCUUAUAAUAUGCACUCUGCUUACGGCUCGUACAUUCCAGGAGCGAAGCCAUUGCUUCAGCAAGCCAUGGCCAAAAUUAUGAAAGCAAAUCCUGCUCUGUAUGUUUUGCGCGAGCGUAUUCGCAAAGGUCUUCAGCUUUACAGCUCGGAGCCGACAGAGCCUUACUUGAAUUCUGGCAACUAUGCCGAGCUUUUCAGCAAUCAAGUGAUUUGGAUGAUUGACGAUACCAAUGUUUACCGAGUGACCAUCCACCGAACUUUUGAAGGAAACUUAGUGACAAAGCCUAUUAAUGGUGCAAUUUUCAUUUUGAACCCACGCACGGGACAGCUAUUCCUUAAAGUGAUCCACACGUCUGUAUGGGCUGGUCAAAAACGACUUGGUCAGCUUGCCAAAUGGAAGACGGCUGAAGAAGUGGCUGCAUUGGUGCGUUCUUUGCCGGUUGAAGAGCAGCCAAAACAGGUUAUUGUUACGCGGAAAGGAAUGCUGGAUCCUCUUGAGGUUCAUCUGCUUGACUUCCCGAACAUUGUGAUCAAGGGUUCUCAACUUCAACUUCCCUUCCAAGCAUGUAUGAAGCUUGAAAAGAUCGGUGACUUGAUUCUCCGAGCGACGCAGCCGCAGAUGGUUUUGUACUCGUUAUAUGAUGACUGGCUCAAGAGCAUUUCGCCAUAUACGGCUUUUUCACGUUGCAUUUUGUUGCUACGUGCUUUGCAUGUUAACUCGGAAAAGACCAAGGUGAUUCUUCGCCCUAACAUUAACACAGUCACUCAGCCGCACCAUAUCUGGCCAUCAUUUUCUGAUGAAGAAUGGAUCAAGGUCGAAAUUGCUCUGCGCGAUUUGAUUCUACAAGACUAUGGUCGUCGAAACCAGGUGGCUGUGGGCAGCCUGACCUCAAGUGAAAUUCGUGACAUUAUUCUGGGUAUGGAAAUCUCGUCACCAUCGCAACAGCGUCAACAAAUGGCCGAGAUCGACCAAAACCAGCCACAACAGCAGGUCACAGCUACUCAAACGCGUACUGUCAAUGUCCACGGCGACGAAAUUCAAACGGUGACAACGACCCAGUACGAAAACCAAGUGUUCAGCUCCAAGAGCGACUGGCGUGUACGUGCUUUGAGUGCAACGAACCUCCCUCUGCGUUGUCAACACCUCUAUGUUUCAAACGAAGAUGUGCGAGAGGACGCCGGUGCACUCACAUACGUGGUGCCAAAGAACAUCCUUAAAACCUUUAUCAUCACUGCCGACUUACGGACACAAGUGGCUGGCUUCAUAUACGGAGCGUCGCCCCCUGAUAUGCCGGCUGUGAAGGAAAUCAAGCUUAUUGUGUGGGCUCCGCAGCGUGGGAGCAACACGGGUGUUGAGUUGCCUGAUCAACUUCCCACCCAUGAUUACAUGCUGAAGGAUCUGGAACCGUUGGGGUGGAUUAAGACGCAGGCUCUGGACUUGCCGCAUCUUGCACCCAGUGAUGUUGCUACACAUGCUCGCAUGAUGGCAGCUCAUCCUGAAUGGGGAGCUAACAGCGUUUGCAUCACAUGUGCCUUUACUCCCGGCUCUGUAACUCUGUCAGCACAUACGUUGAGCGUGGCGGGUUUCGAAUGGGGACGUAAAGCAUCGGCAGCAGACGCCUUGGGACCUGCGCCAGGAUUCAACCCUGGUAUGGUUGACAAAGCACAGCUGCUACUUAGUGACCGCAUUUUGGGUACAACGCUGGCGCCUACCGAUGGUGCGUGGAACUUUGGGUUGUCACUGUCGGCGCAAUGGACACCUCAUUUCCAAUAUACACUGCAGCUGGCCCCUCCUGCCGCUUUCUGGGAUGAAGUUCAUCGACCACAAAACUUCUUGUCAUUUGCGGGUGCAUUGGCCGACAAUGAAAACGCUGCGGACUGGCAAAAUGCACUUGACUGA